AUGUCAUCGCCAUCGCCGAAUCAUGGAGGUGGCGUGACACCCGAUACGUUAAGUUCGUCAAAUUCGCGCAUCCUCCUCGGUCGAAAUGCAGGAAAGCUCGAUCCUGCUGAACAUCCACCCCUUCCUGUGGCAGAGGUGGGCGCUGCAAAUCGUGCGGCUCAAGUGCGGGGCAUUGUACUUGGCCUUGGUGGCGGAGUUCUGUCGGCGUUCAUCUCUCGAAAGGCGCUCAAUCUGCCCAAGAAUGCAAGCUAUCUCUCUGGCUUGCUAGCUGGAACGGGCGUAGCGUACAUUACCGCACGACAACAGCUUGAGCACAACUUGGGCGCGGUGGAGAGUGCAGAAAAGGGGUUGAGAACGACGUUGCGUACAGCAGGUGGAAGCGCACCAACAACGUCCACGGAUGCGCUGUUGGCAACGGAUCAGGCCAUGCUCAAGUACGAUUUGCAGGCUGGCGAUGUGCGAACGUACGAAGGUGGUGUAGCAGGGCUGCACGAGUUCAAAGACAAGUACGCUACCACUCGAGGCGAUCACUGA